AUGGCCUCCGCGCCAUCCCCCGGCCCCCGCCACCGAUCUUCGCCGGCCCCCCUACCACCGCUCGUUUUCACCUUUGACAUAGAUGGCGUUCUUAUCAGAGGCGCACAAAUUAUACCAGCGGCCAGGAAAGCUUUCGACAUGCUCAACGGAAACAACCCCAUGGGCGUAAAAAUACCAUACAUUCUUCUCACUAACGGCGGAGGAGUCGGCGAAGAGGCCCGCCGAUUGAAGCUCAGUAAACAGCUCGGAGUUGACCUGGACGUCGACCAGAUAGUACAAGCGCAUACCAUGCUCAAGUCCAUCGCCCACAAGUACGCGGACAAACCCGUCCUUGUCCUCGGAGGCCGGACCGACGUCGUACGCAAGGUUGCGGAAAGCUAUGGCUUCAAGCACGCGUAUACUACCCUCGAUGUUCUUGCUUGGAAACCCGAAGCAUGGCCAUUCCACGAACUCACGCCCGAAGAGCGCGCCUCAACUCAAUCCGUCGACUUCUCCACAACCCCGCUCUCUGCCAUUUUCGUCUUCCACGACCCGCGCAACUGGUCCCUCGACAUUCAGAUAUCCCUCGACGUCCUUCUCUCGCACGGCUUGAUCGGAAAUACCCACCUCCUCCGUGGUGCUUCGCCACCCGCGAUCGACAUGGUGUUCUGCAACCCGGACCUGCUCUGGAAGAACGAGUUCCCGGUUCCUCGCCUCGGUCAGGGCGCUUUCCGCGACGCUUUCCAGGCCGUGCACACCGCCGUCACGGGCGCCAAGUACCCUCACGUCGUCCAGUACGGCAAACCGACGCGCGCGACGUACGCGUUCGCCACCCGCGUUCUCUACGACCGCCUCGCCGCGCUGCAGGGCGGACGAGCGCUCGCACAGGAGCAGCUCCCGCGCGUGUACAUGGUCGGCGACAACCCCGAGUCCGCUCCAGAUAUCGCGGGCGCGAACGGCGCAGGGUGGGAGUCCGUGCUCGUUGAGACCGGCGUCUACGACCCCGCGGAGGGUCCACCCGCUCAUGUGCCGACGCACAUCGCCACGAACGUUGCAAGUGCGGUACAGUGGGCGAUCGAGCGCGAGAUGAGUGCAGCGCAAUGA